CGUGUUCCCUCCCCAUCCCACAACGAAGAAGAUGCACCGUUUCUUGUACCGCUCCCCCGGCGGUCCCGGAGCGCUGCAGGCCGCCCACAACGAAAAAUACGGUGGUAAAACUGGGAAAGGCGACCAAAACACGCUCGUCCUCUGGCCUAUGCCCCCGAAACAAGCACGAUCUGGUACUAUCUGGCCCGUGACAUCUCUAUCGCCUUCCCCGGGUCUCUGGAAGCUCGACUCAGCCUCGGGCCUACACCAAUGAAGGAGAGAAAGAUAGGAGAGAAACCUUGCCUUUCAGCAAGGCCGCCGGGGACCAUGGGAGACGAGCCACACACAGCAAGCGUCGGAGCUCGUCGCACAGCAGCCCAUGGCCAACAUGUGGGCUUUUCUCGUUCGCUUGCUCUCACUGCUCUUGGGCCCGUUUCAGCUUCGAACACGAAGUCAGCCAUCUCCCGCGCCCUCACCCUCCCAGGAGCCAGCCGGCCAGCGCACAGCAUUCCACCGACAGCGAAUCGACCGGCAGGAAUGCAGCCCGGCGGUUGUGUACGCG